UCUCUACCAAAUAUCAUUAAGAUCAUCCAAAUAUUAAUUGGUGAUUAAUUGAAUGCCGUGUAAGUUCAUUCCAAUUACAUGGACCGUCAAUUUUCAUUGAGAUUGAACAGAAUCAUCAUGAAUAUUUUUCAUUUAUCUCAUCAAACUUAUAGAUAUAAUCAUUUUUCAUUUUGAAGUUCUCUACUGAUUUUACUGAAUAAUUAUCAAUAAUCAUGGUGAAGAAGAAGAAUCCAACUCUGGGUUCUGCUCAGAGUCUCUGUUUAUUCCUUGUUUUCUUUUUUACUUUGUUUUUAUCUUCUGCUGGUGAUGGUGAUGAUGAAUCAAAACCUUACAUAAUCUCAAGCUUAAGUUAUCCAGAAUCAAAGCUUAAACCCUAUGAUUGGAACUACAUUAGAGUUGAUUUGCCGACUUGGUUCUCAUCAAUGUGUUUGAGCAUACAGUCGGAUGUCGACAGUAACGCCAUAAAACAUCUUCCUAAAAGUGAGCAGCCUAUGAUAUGCUUCCGAGACGGGAGUCCUCCUAUUCCGGACGUUACUGAAGACUCUUUGAAUGAGCUAGUGUUAGGUCCUCUCACUAAUAAUUCUUUUGGAGGCAUAAGGGAUCUUCAGGAUGGGGAGCGGUGCCAUCUUUUGCAGAAAAAUAUAAUGCUGUCCUUGACAAAUGAACAGAUAACCCCUGGAGUAUUUUACAUUGGACUGUUCAAUGGAAUCGGGCCUAUAAGAACACAAGGGAAGAUGAUUAUUCGUGGACGGUCUUAUAGAUUCAGUGCUAAUAUAACAAUUGAAGCAUGCUCAACCCCGUAUGUGUGGGGUCCUAGCUGCAACCAAACGGUGGACUCACUUUCUUGUGCUGAGUCUGAUGGCACAAGCCAUGCCGUAAACCAGACAGUGGAAAAUGUUGUUAAAUGCAGAGAUGCACGCGACACUUGCCAUUUUUAUAAUGAAACAGCAAUUUAUUCUCUGGAUGUUAUGAGGAUUGCUCACCAAUUUGUGAUUAAGGCUGAAGAUAUUAGAUUUAACAAAUUAUCUUCGAUGAACAAAACAGCGAGUUUUACUAGCAACUUAACAUGUUACGCUCGUCAUGGUGCCAUUCCUUCUCGGACAUUCCAUGAUUAUUUUGGGGUAGUAAGUAAUUCUCCAUUGAUCAUUCCAUCGCCAAAAACUGGUCGUUGGUAUGUUGUCAUUCUUCCAGCUGAUCCGACAGAAGCACUCGGAUCUUUUCAAAAAAACGGAACAGAAGUGGAUGGUUGCUAUACCUUGGAUUGGCAAGUGCAUCAGUGUCCUGUUGGAAAAGCUGGACCCAAUUGCACCUGGCAAGCUUACACGCUUCAGACGUUUCAGACGAAUAAAGCUACUGUCUAUUCUUAUUAUCGGCCAAACAUUGGGAAGCCUGGAUCUAGUAACAUCGAUUUGCCAUCCUUCUUAAGCAACUCCUCAGUUGGGGAUGCUUUUGCAUGGACGUACUUUCAUCUUGACAUUCCGUAUGGUGCAGCUGGAAAACAUCUACAAAUCGGUGUAAAUAAAGAUCCAAAACUGAAGUAUGACAUUUAUUCCAGAUUUGGAGGAUUACCAUCUAUUGAUACCUGGGAUUACUAUUAUUCAAGCAAUAAGAGCAGUAGUAACAGUUCCAUGUUUUUCAAAAUGCACGAUUCAAAUGAUGAUGGUUUCAAGUUUUAUAUAUUAAAUGUGAGAGAAGGAACUUGGAGCUUCGGUCUAAGGCACCUGGCAACUACCAAAGGUCAUUCUGGUGAACAAGCAAAUAUGCUUAUUACUGUUGAAAGAUGCCCAAUGUCAUGUUCUGGGCAUGGGACAUGCCAGACAGCUAUUGAUGAAAGUGGAUUGGCUAUGUUCAGCUUCUGCUCCUGUGAUCGGAACCAUGGAGGGUUUGAUUGCAGCAUCGAGCUUGUUGAUCAUAAAGGGCAUAUAUGGCAGUCGAUCACUCUAAUUGCAUCAAAUGCAGCAGCCAUAUUACCUGCAUACUGGGCACUGCGGCAAAAGGCAUAUUCAGAAUGGGUGCUGUUUGUGGCUAGUGGGAUUUCAAGUUCAUUAUACCAUGCAUGUGAUGUAGGCACUUGGUGCGCUCUAUCUUUUCAUGUUUUACAGUUUAUGGACUUUUGGCUUUCGUUCAUGGCGGUGGUGAGCAAUUUUGUGUAUCUAGCGACUGUUGGUGAAGCCUCAAAAAGGGUAAUUCAUACAUGUGUGUCAAUUUUGACGGCUCUCAUGGCUGCAACUGGAGCAACAAAGUCCAGGAAUGUUAUUCUUGUCAUUAUAAUUGGGACUGUGGGUCUUCUUAUCGGAUGGUUGAUUGAGUAUUCUACAACAAUCCGGUCGCUUUCUUGUUCGUCAUGGUUGUCUUCGAGUAUUCUUGAAAGACGGCAAAACAUUAAAGCAUGGUUGCUCAAUCUUAUGAAGACACUACGUGAUCGUUUUCGUUGGGGCUUUGUAAUUCUUGGCUUUCUUGCAUUAGCUCUGGCUGGGAUUAGCUGGAAAGUGGUGAACUCCAAAAAUUACUGGAUUUGGCACAGUAUUUGGCAUGUCAGUAUAUACACAGCUUCCUUCUUCUUCUUAUGCUCAAAAGUUAAGAUUAAAGACAAUACCGAAAAUCAGACAAGCAUAGCUGCAACAUAUGAGUUAGCGAGACAAGAUUCAUUCUCAAGAAGUUAGUGAGAUGUAGGAUUUUUCAUGGGAUGAGCAGGAUCAGAGUAAGUCUAAUGCUUCGGAUACACAGUUACAAAGUGGUCUUCAUAACUAACAGCUUCAAAUUUUCUGUUAUCGGAAGUAUAGGCUACGGACAAUAAUUUUUUUUUCCUUCACACUGAAAGUGAAAUAUAUAUAUCUCUCACUGUACAUAGAGCAGAAAUGAAAAGACAAAUUCUGGGGUAUAGAUAUGUAUAAAGUCGAGCUUAUUACGCAGACAGAAUCAGUCUUUCUUUUUUAAUAGUUCAUAUUAUAGACAAGAAAGCUUUUGUUUCCAAUUGAUGAGUGCUAAAAAGUGCAUAUUUCUAUA